AUGAAUGAUAAUAAAGAGAGGAAGUCUGUCAAAAAGGGAAGAAUGAAUGAAAAUAAAGAGAGGAAGUCUGUCAAAAAGGGAAGAAUGAAUGAAAAUAAAGAGAGAAAGUCUGUCAAAAAGGGAAGAUUGAAUGAAAAUAAAGAGAGGAAGUUUGUCAAAAAAGGAAGAAUGAAUGAAAAUAAAGAGAGGAAGUAUGUUAAAAAGGGAAGAAUGAAUGAUAAUAAAGAGAGGGAGUCUGUCAAAAAGGAAAGAAUGAAUGAUAAUAAAGAGAGGAAGUCUGUCAAAAAGGGAAGAAUGAAUGAUAAUAAAGAGAGGAAGUCUGUCAAAAAGGGAAGAUUGAAUGAAAAUAAAGAGAGGAAGUCUGUCAAAAAAGGAAGAAUGAAUGAAAAUAAAGAGAGGAAGUAUGUUAAAAAGGGAAAAAGUGAAUGA